UACCAUAUAAAUGUUUUUUGAUACAAAAAUUUUUAAUGUCAAGGAUAUAAUACUUUUUAAAUUGUUAACAAUUAAAAUUGAUCAAUUGUUACGCGAAUUCAAUUAGAUUGCUUUAGUGAAUAAUACUGGUACACAUUAAAGCCAUUGAUUUAAUCUAACUGAUUUAAUCUAACAAUAAAUGUACAAAUAAAAUCCCAAUAUCUCAAAUGUUAAGAUUACGUAUAAAUACAUGCACUUAGGAAUAGUGGGAAUGUCCUUAUACAUUGACUCACUUUCUAAAUAAAGAGUUCUAAGUAUUAAUUUUGCAUAAAAUGAUAAUAAAAUUGCUUUUAAAUUUUGUUUUGUUUAUCUGUAAAAAUUAUAAGUAUUAAUAUCAAUGUUAUAAAAUAUCGAGUCAUACAUAAAUCAAAUUGUCAAAACCAUACGGAAAAUAAAAUCAUACGAAAAAAAAAAAAAAUAAAAAUAUGGCCAAGUUAUAGAUUAUUAUUGAAAUAGUGCAAUAAUAAUUUUUUCAUAUUCUUGUAAUUUUUUUUGCAAGAAGAAUUAUUUUUAUGCUCAUGAUACACUUUAACAAUUCUUACAAUAUUCAUGUCACACAUACAACAAACACACAUACAUAUCCACGUAAACAUUUUUCAGUUAUCCACGUAACAGUUUUCAGUUAUCUAAGAUAAUUAUAGAAUGUUUUAUUUAUGAUGCAUUUUUGUAGAGUUGAUAUUGGAUUGCAUUCAGUGUCCUAUAUUUACAACCUGAAACACAAAUAUUUCUGACACUAUGGUUGAAAAUAAUUUGAAAAAUUUUAUCAUAGAAAAUGGUAUCUACAAAGGGCCAGUGAAAAACAAUUUGGGUAAUUAUGGGAGUCUUGGAGAAUUGAUGUGGAUUAGUAUUAAAAACAAUGGGGAUAAAACUGCAUAUUUAGACGCAAGUAGUGAAGAAACAGUAACGUAUACGGAGCUGCAAAAUAAAGUUGUGAGAUGCGCUUUGUGGCUACAAAAACAAGAAAUCAAAUCUGGUGAUGUUAUUACUGUAUGCACUGGUAAUCAUAUUAAUUCUAUUGUGCCCUGUCUUUCAGCAGCUUAUAUCAACGCAAUCUUCAAUCCAUGGAACGAAAACAUGGAUUCGCAAACUAUAUUGCACCAUUUGCAAAUGACGACACCAAAAAUAAUCUUCUGUAGUGAGAAAUCCGUACACGCCGUCUUAAGCGCGAUAAAAGAGAAGAAGUAUAGUUGCAAGGUGGUGGUUUUCGGCAAGCACGUUGAUGCGACUUCGUUCUCCGAUAUCCUGAAAAAUCACAAUAAUGAGAAAAUAGCAAAUUUCUGUUAUGUCAAACUCGACAACAUCAAGCAGACAGCGUGUAUUAUGCAUUCCUCGGGUACCACGGGGAUGCCAAAGGGCAUCGAACUGUCCAACUACUCUAUGAUGGUUCUCGUUCAAGCAAACAAUAUGAAUGUGACAAACAUGCCAUCACUUUGGUACUCUAGUAUUUAUUGGCUGUCUGGGAUAAUAAUGAACUUUUGUGGGAUUGCACAAGGUUUCAAAGGAAUUCUCUAUCCGGAAUUUGACGAGGAGAUGACCUGCCGAUUGAUUGAGAAAUAUAAAAUACAUGAUAUGUUUCUUUGUACAAGCAUGGUCAAUCGGUUACUUAAAUCUGAUUAUGUAAAGAAAUAUCCAUUAUCAUCUUUGAAAUUUAUAAAAUGUGGUGGUACAUCAGUUAAGCCGGUAGUGCAAAAAGAAUUGAGGCAUGCUUUGCCACAUGUUCAGAUGUUGCAAUGUUACGGAAUGACAGAACUUGGUGGUAUUACAACGAUGCAACUACCAAAUAGUAAGAACGGAUCUUGCGGGGUACCCGUUAAGAAUGUACAAAUGAAGAUCGUUGAUACAGAAAGCGGAAAAAUACUUGGUCCCAAUCAGCCAGGAGAAGUAUGUACAAAAAUUCCAAGCAUAAUGACUGGUUAUUAUAAAAAUCCUGAGGCGACGAAAAACACGGUGGAUAAGGAAGGAUGGGUACAUUCUGGUGAUAUCGGUUAUGUAGAUGAAGACGGGGAAUUAUUUAUUGUGGAUAGAAUAAAAGAACUCAUAAAAUAUAGAGGUUAUCAAGUAUCUCCUGGAGAAAUCGAAAAUGUUUUACAUUCGCAUCCAGCAGUGUUAGAAGUUGCAGUAAUAGGAGUGCCUCACGCAAUAGAUGACGAACAUCCUCUUGCCUUCGUCAGUAAGCAGCCUCAUGCUAAGGUGACAGAACAGGAAUUGAUAGACUUUGUAGCAAAGAAUAUGAUGGAUAUCUAUAAACUACGAGCAGGAGUAAUAUUUUUGGACCGUUUUCCAUAUACGGGUACAGGGAAAAUUUCGAAAAAAGAUUUAAAAGCAAUAGCAAAAGAAAACUGUUAAAAUAUGAUGACUAAUUUAUUACAAUUUUUUCAAAAAUUAAAAAAACUAUAAACGUGUGUUUUCUAACAAGAUAUAAUGUUGAAUAAAUUUUCAGAAAUUAAUUAUUUUAAUUGAUAUCAUAAAUGGUUAAUUUAUUAUUUACUUUUAUCAUUAAAAUUAUCUGCCAAUGCAUUACAAAUGCACAAUAUUUCAAAUUUGUGCACUUUUUGCAUGCUUAUGUGGCAACGAAGCAUACUCAUGUCGCUACAUUUUAUUGGUAUGACAAGUUUCUUAACUUGAAUAGUCGUCAUUUUUAACGAUUAAUAUCUUGCUUCUCAAAGCAAAGCAAUGCUUUUUGUUUGCCAAAUUCUUUUAUUUUGUGCCAAAACACAUUGAUUGAGUCUAAAUUCAUCAAAAUCGGAAGUGAGGGCCCUAAACUGAAGAAUUAUCCAAAAUUAUUGCCUAUUUUCCUAAAAACUGUUCAGGCAGAUGCUAUUUGCCUAGAAAAAUAGCAUUUAAACACAAAUAAAUGAAUAAAAGCUAUUUGAAUCAGGCAGAUAACAUUUGUCUAGUUAGAUACUAGUUUUCUAAAAUAACUACUUAUUUGCCUACGACAUAUACAUUUUCAAGUUUAUUAAUCUAUGCGCAAAAAAAUUUUUUGAAACACAGGUUUAACAAUAAGUUGAUAUGCGUUCUUUCAAAUACCAAAAUACGCAUACAGAAACACUUUUUAUAAUUGAAAAUUAAAUUAUCAAUAUUUCUUAGUGUCGAUUUUAUAUUUGAUAUAUAAAUGUUUUAUAUCCUAUUAAAAU